AUGGAAAGCUGUGCUCGAGACAGGCGACGCCGCGGAGCCGCACUAUGCCGUAGCCGAAGCAACAACACACGCAACUCUUACUCCGACCUGGGAGGUGUGCACGGCAUGGCGAAUGCGCGCGCGCGAAGAGAAGAGGCCGUCGGGGUGGGCGGCGUGGCAAGCAUCCAAAGUGAGCACAUCAAGGACAACUUUAAGCGAGUUCCAAGCGGGAAAAGGGACGUACGUAUAGGAACGCGACAGAGAUGCCGCCAGCUUAUCGCGGGAUAA